AUGGUGUUACCAUCAUUAUUUAUAAAUUACAAGUAUGAUAAAUACAAAAAUGAAUUUACAAAUAAGCAUGUAAUAAAAUGUUAUAACCUUCCUAGUGUUAUAAAUGAAGAUUUUUUUCAAUUUUUUAUAAAAAAAUAUAAUAAUGAGGAAUUAUAUAAAAUCGAUAAAAUUAUAAAACCAUCAUAUGAAGAAACAAAGUUAUAUCCAUGGAAAAUAAUAUGUAAUAAAAAUUUAGCUAAUUUUUUAAUAAAUAAAGAAAAAAUAUUAAUUGUUGAUGAUACUAUUGAGAAUAAUAAGGUUUAUAUUAAAUUUGAUAAUCAUAAAAAUGAAUAUAAUAAUAAAGAUGAUCCAUCUUGUAAUAAUGAUAUAAAUAUGGAAGAUAAAAAAGAAUCUAUAAAAAAUGUUUCUUUUGAGAAUAAUAUAUUUAUAGAUAAAGAAAUAAAAACAAAAAAAAAUGAAGAAGAGCAAGAUGUAAAUAAUAAUAUAUUUAGUGAUAUGAAAGAUAAUUGUGAUAUCUCUUUUAGAGAUGAUAAUAAUGAAACAGCAUGGAAUUAUUUCAAUAUAAAUGUAGAUAAAUCUGUGAAUGAUAAAACUUUUAUGAUGAAUCAAGGAAAGGAUCAAAGUAUUGAAGGAGAUAUAAAUAAAUAUAAAAAGGAAAUACAAUAUUGUGAAUAUAUUGAUGAAGAAAAAAAUAAAGGCACCCACAAUAAUAAUAAUAAUAAUAAUGAUAAUGAUGAUGAUGAUAAUAUUUUUGAUAAUAUUUAUGAUUAUUAUAGUUGCCAUUAUAGUGACCAAUUUAUUGAAAGUGAUUCAGAUUAUUCUAUCACAUGUGAUCAUAAUAAUAUUAUCACUUAUCAGGAGUCAUGUUCUUAUAAACAUUUACAUCAAAGGUAUAAUAAUAAAAACAUCAAAGAUAUAGACAAUGAAAAUAAUGAUACAUGUGAUUGUGCCUCAAAUACCUCAGAGACAAAAAGUGGAUAUAGCUCAUACAAAAAUAAUGUAACAAAUUAUAGAAACAACCAAGAAAAUAACAAAAAAUGUAAGAAAAUAUUCUAUAUCUAUUUCAUUGAAGGAAAUGAACAAGAUAUAAUUGAAGAUAUAAAGGAAGAAGAUAAAAACAAAAUAGAUGAAAAUAUUAUUGAUAAAAUUUUAAAUGAAGAAAAGGAAUAUAUAAAUAAAAAAAAAUAUGUGACAAAUGAUACAUGUAAUAUAAAUGAUAUUAAUAACUCAGUUGAAGAUUAUAUAUAUAAUUUACACAAUAAAAAUUCUUCUCAAUGUAAUGAUAAAUAUAUAAAUUCUUAUGAAAUGGAAACAAAUCAGAAUAAACAAGAAUUAAAAAGUGAUAUAUCGUUAUCUACUUGUUGUAUUCAAAAUGAAGAGGAUAUAAAAAAUGAAAAGGAUGAAAAGAGUAAAAAUUGUGAAUAUGAAGAUGAAAAGAAUAAAAGUUGUGAAUAUGAAGAUGAAAAGAGAAAAAAUUGUGAAUAUGAAGAUGAAAAGAGAAAAAAUUGUGAAUAUGAAGAUGAAAAGAGUAAAAAUUGUGAAUAUGAAGAUGAAAAGAGAAAAAAUUGUGAAUAUGAAGAUGAAAAGAGUAAAAAUUGUGAAUAUGAAGAUGAAAAGAGAAAAAAUUGUGAAUAUGAAGAUGAUAAAAAUAAAAAAAUUGAACAAAAUAAUAAGAAUGUGGAAUCCUUUCUUGAUGAUAAUGAAGAAAACAAUUUAAUAUACUCUUCUAAGAAAUCAAGUUAUAGUAGUAGAAAUAUAAAAGAAUAUGAUAUAAAAAUUACAUGGCCAAAUAAAUUAUCAUGGAAAGAGAUAUCUAAUGAAAUAAAACAAAAAUUAUGUGUUGUUAUAAAAAAUAAACCAGCUGAAUGGAAUCAUUAUGAUUUACAGAAUUUUUUAGUAUCUCAAUUUCAUAAUAAAAAUUAUAUACCAACAUUCCAAGAUAUUUUUAUUACAAAAAGUUGUCCUACUAUAGCAACUGUAGCAUUUAAAAAUGAAGAAGAAAGAAAUUAUUUUUUAGAUCAUCAAAAAUUUAAAUUACCUCCCUUCAAACAUUAUCAUAAUGAUUUAAAUAAAAAUAAUAUUUAUUAUAAUAAAUAUUCAAAUUUCUUAGUUCUUCAAGAAUAUGUUAUCUCAUAUAAUACUCAAUCUAAUAAUAACCACAAAAAAUAUUAUCAAGAUAAAUAUGAACAACAUACAUAUAACCAUUAUGAUUCAAAGCAUAAAAGAAAAUAUAAUAAUAAUUAUUAUGAUCAUUAUAAUCAAAAUUUAAAUUCAAAAAAAUAUUCAGAUGUAUCUAUUAAUAAAUAUAGAAAAAAAAUUAAUUAUAAUAAUAAUAAUAAUUAUUAUCAUAUAAAUACCAACACAAAAAGAAAAUCGCUAUCUACGUCAUAUGAAAGAAAUGAUGAUUGUUAA